AUGACAUCAGUCGCAACUCCUCGUCCAUCGUUAACAUCUAACGAUGCGGCUGUUCUCCAAGCUCUGUUCGAUGCCGAAUCCUCACCCUCAUCCGGAGUCACAGUCGAUUCAUCACUCCCGCCAUGGCCAGCAACCGUGAACCUCUCACCAGAAGAUCUUCUUUUGGUGAAGAAUCGCGAAAUCGAAAUCAUUCGCGAGCUACAGCCAAGCAUGAACCCAACCUCUGAGAACGUUAGUUCAGCGGUAAAUAAACUCGAUGAUCUUCUUGCUCAAUACCCGACCUACCCACCCGCAUAUACCAACCGCGCCCAGGCCUUGCGCAUGCUAGUCGAUCUUCAGCACAACAGUACAGAUACUGAGAAUGGCUCAGAUGACGCCCUGUUCACACCUCGGGCUGCAGAAGUGUCUUCUCGAAUCUUAGCGGACUUGGGUCAAGCAAUCACUCUCGCCACCCCUGCUUCACCCGCCGACCCGAUAUCAUCAGGGCAGGCGCGGCUACUGGCCGAUGCGCAUACACACAGAGGAUAUUUGUUAUUGAAAGCUGCGCGAGCGAAGAAGACUCAGGCCCUGCAAGAAGAAGCCGUGGGUCCGGAUCGCUUGCGAGGACUUGAGGCUGAUCAACUCGAGGAGAUGGCGAGUCGAGAUUUCUUUUUGGGUGGCAGAUAUGGCAAUAAGGUAGCACAGCAACUAGCCGUGCAAACAAAUCCUUAUGCGAAGAUGUGUGGCGCGAUCGUUAAAGAAGCGAUGAGAAAGGAAUUCGAGGAAUUCGAGGGGCAAACACAACCCUCGACAUAG